AUGGGAGGAAUGGCGGCCGAGCAGGAGGCACCGGCGCCGACACGAUCUCCGCCGCACACCUACACCAUCGGCUACGCGAUGCAGCCGGACAAGCUGGACACCGUCAUCCAGCCGUCGCUCGUCGCCCUGGCAGCGGAGCGCGGCAUGCGGCUCGUCGCCGUCGACCCCUCCCGCCCCCUCGUCGACCAGGGGCCCUUCCACCUCCUCAUCCACAAGCUCUACGACGAGGCGUGGCGCGCGCAGCUGGAGGCCUUCUCCGCGGCCCACCCCGCCGUCCCCGUCGUCGAUCCUCCUGCCGCCAUCGGCCGCCUGCUCGACCGCGGCUCCAUGCUCGACGUCGUCUCCGAGCUCAACGCCACCGUCCGCGUGGGCUCCCUGGGCGCGCCCCGCCAGGUCGCCAUCGACGACGCCGCGUCGCUCACCGACCCGGGCGUCGUGGGCGCGCUCCAGUUCCCGCUCAUCGCCAAGCCGCUGGACGUCGACGGCAGCGUCAGCUCCCACGCCAUGUCGCUCAUCUACCGCCGCGCGGGCCUCUCGGUGCUGCACCCGCCGCUGGUCCUCCAGGAGUUCGUGAACCACGGCGGCGUGCUGUUCAAGAUCUACGUGAUCGGCGGGCACGCGACGUGCGUGCGGCGGCGCAGCCUGCCGGACGUGCCGGCGGAGCGGCUGCUGCACCUGGAGGGCGACGCGUCGGUGCCCUUCCACAACGUGUCCAGCCUGACGACGGUGCACGCCGACACCGACGACGACGUGGGCGACGACGCCGAGAUGCCGCCGCCGGGGUUCGUGGAGGAGGUCGGGCGCGGGCUGAGGCGCGCGCUGGGGCUGCAGCUGUUCAACUUCGACAUGAUCCGCGGGAGGAAGGCCGGGGGCCAGUACUUCAUCAUCGACAUCAACUACUUCCCGGGGUUCAACAAGCUGCCGGGGUACGAGAUCGCCCUCACGGAUUUCUUCGACGAGAUGAUUCGUGGCGCCGCCGCUGCUACACGUGACGAGGCAAACGCGGUCCAUCACGUCCCGUCCCCGUCUUCACCGUCGUCGAUCGCCCGCGCCGAUCUCGUCGCCAGCACCACCGUGAUUCCACAAAGCCUCAUUCUUUGA